CGAUAGUGAAACUCCUGUGCCGCGACGAAAGUUUCUUCAUGUCACUUAGUGUUGUUUUCUUGUUGUUUUUUUUUGUGCGACCCUUCAGGAAAAACAGCGUCUGCCUCCGCCCCCGAAAAACGGUACGGCAGGUCUAAGCUCUACCACGACAAACCAUGGGCUCUUGAUUGGGUAGGUGGCCUUCCUAUGCCGGGUUGCGAAACCGUUGUCUUUUUGAGCGAUGACAAUGGCCUGAGUUGGUACUGCUCCGGAGGGGUGGAGAAAUUGGAAGCUGGGAGGUUUACCUACGACGGCAGGAAGUUCAGGACCUUCUUCCUUACGUCUGUCUAUGACAGAGAGGGGAAAAACUGGGUCAAGGAAGAUAAGAAGGUGUCUCUUGACCAUCGGCUCUUCCAAGGAUACGGGGUCAAGGCUUUGUCAAUGAAAGCGUUUGACGUGCGCGGGAACGGAACGGAGUUCCAAAUGCUGGAUCCGGAAAAGUUUCUUCUCAAAACCAAUGGCUACCGCAUGACUGGUUCCCUGCCUAUCGUCGACAGCGCUUUCAUGCUCAGCAGACUUUUGGUCCAAUUCAACAGCCCGGUGGACCAAACAGCGCCAAGAUCAGUCGGCAGAGGGGGUGGAAAUUGGAAGCAAUUGCCGACUGCCCCGUUUUCGUCGGCUACGGUUGUCCAGGCUCUGCCCGCUCCGGUUCCGCCCUCAGAUCGCCGAGGUCGCGAUGCGGCCGAGCAGUCAAGCGAGGCCAUAGACUACGACGACGGAGCUGUGCACUAUCGGGCUGGUCCCCAGCAUCGUUCACGGGGAGGUGCAGGUGCCUUCGCUGACGAGGAAUGUGAGGGCCAAGAUGGGGAGGGCGGUGGCUGGGAUGGGGAGGGCGGUGGUGAGGAGGGGGAGGGCGGUGGUGAGGAGGAGGAGGGCGGUGGUGAGGCAGACGACGGUAACGAAGGAGAUGCUGAAGGUGAGGACGAUGGUAUGGACGAGGAGAGAGACGAUGUUGGUGAGCAAGUCGAAGACAAUCGCUCCUCCCAAUUUCACCGUUGCCACCACAACGAAUCGCAAGGGCGCUGUGAGGACGACGCCUGCCGCGUCGGUGACGCGGUCGAUGCUGGUGGCCAGCCUGCAGCCUCCCGCGGAAUGUCGCAGUCCUAUGACCAGACGAAGGAAGGGAGAGACGAACCUGGCUCACGGGGAAAGCGAAAGAGGGGAGAGGCGUCGACCUCUCUUGCGAGUCGAACAAAACAGGCGCGGGUCGACGCCGUCAAUGAAGCUCGCGGAGCGUUGACGGCAUCACAGGAAGCGCGGACUCCUCGGAAAACUGUUGGGGGGGGGCGAAGUGGCAGCCGCGGGGGCGGUCGUGGCGGCGGUAGGAAAGGCUCGCAGAGGUCAAGGGCACCUGAGCUGCGGGGCUCGGGGGAUGAGGGCGAGGGGGUGGGGCCUCGCAUGCCCGAAGACAUUGAAGAGAUGGUUCAGCACGCCGCGCCCGUGGACACGACACGAUGUUUCUUCCUCGAAUACGACGAACAGGGCUUCGCCAGGCAAGACGUCCAAGUUGUUAACGUCGACGUUAAUGGGAUCAAACCCAUUCCUCAUGGGAAGAUCCUAUUUAACCACCGUUCGUUGUCUGAGAACAUUGUGAGAGGCAUCGAGAGUGCGAUAGAAAGCUCCAUCAGUGCUGACCCGGGGGUGUGGAAUAGACCUGAGCUCGUUCUUGCGCCGGUUGACCCCAACGUCAUCGUCGGGGGGCAGGGAAGGCGAAUCACGCCGGACGAUUUCUUCCAAAGGGAUUCUGCAGAGUUCGACUGGUACGCUAUCUGCGGUCAGCAUACAGCCGAGGCCAUGAAACUGUUGGUUGGAAAGGACUCCCCCGCGGUCAAAGUCUACGGCCUCCGCACGUACUCUAAAGUAAUGUGCAAAGCGAUGUCUUGCGUCAAUUGUACCGUUGGGAGGACAUCGAGCUCAUCCCCGGGUCAUGGAAACGCGUGGACAAGACGUCGAGCGACGUCACAAGGUAAUAAUGUCAUUGCCUGUGACGAGUCGGCCAAGGACAUUGCAUACUUGACAAAGUUCGUCGACAUACUUGUUAAGGAUGGGACAUUCGAGUGCCGCCUCGAGAAGCCGCGUGCCACACAUCGCACGAACAGGGAUAUGUACCACAAGUUGGGACCGAAAAGACUCAAGGUGUGGGAAUACCUGUUCCGCAAUGCGCCGGAUGGACGCCUUGAUGGGGGAUACAUAUAUAGGAAAACCAAGGUGACCGAGGCCCUCAAACAUUAUCAUGGUGCUCUAACUGGCGCCUUCGAGACAUUCGUUGCUCGAUGCCAUAUCUUGAGGUUUGAUCUUCACAAAGAUAAACUUACGUUUAAGGACUAUGCAGACCUCGCUAAAUCGGGUGAAGGCUUUAACCCUAAUGACAACGAGGAAGACUCGUCGGACUCUGACCUCGAGAUCGAAAAGGACACCAAUGCAACCGGGUUGUGUGGGAAGUCCGCUGCCAUUGAGCACAGCGUCAAGGGAUAUGGACCGGGUCAAUCAGACGGAUGCUUGAACCUGCCACCUGCGAACAGUGUGGCCUCAAGUGUGGACCGGGUUGUAUGUACGCCUGUGGAAGACGACGAAGACGAUGACCUUGAUAUUCCUGCUCAGCUAACGAAGUUGGCGCCAGGCGAUCUGAUUCCUCCCAGAUUUUGUGCGGAUGCAAACAAUGUGUAUUUCUUGGAUGAAAAAUACGCCUGCACUAGUGAGGACAAGUGGGGCCAUGAUAUCAUUUGGCAUGACGACAUUUUCGAGCCAUGUAUCCAAGGCAGGGACUGGAAAAUCGCGGUGAAGUAUGUCUCGAAGGGUUGGAGACCGUUUCCCCGCAUGGGAAAGGACAACUGGCUGAAGACGACGGAGCAAUCAAUACUAUACCGCUGUCAGAAAGAGAACCCCGAGGAGAGUAAAACAUCCAUCGCGGCAAAGGCGAAACAAUUUUUCGACGCCUUGGGAGUUGAGCGCGCCGCCUCGCUCGAGAGCAUGGACGUGGACUCUCGAGAAGAUGUCGCCCUUGUGCCCGAGGCGGCCACAGGGAACACGAUGGGUAAACAAAGGGAAGAUGGCGGGAUGACGUUUGGUGUGAAGCCUCUGUUGCCAGAGGCGGGGAACACGCCCGCAGGCAAAAACACCAUCGGAGUCAUCUCUGUCGCAACGGGGGAUACAUCACAAGGUGAAAAAGUGUCACUCGACAAGCCGGCGGAUGCGGGCGCCACAUACGGGAGUCUCCUCGCGACAGGUGUGGCGCUGGCAGGCACAUCGAAGAUGUCGAAGAUGGUGUCAGAGUCCACUGCUGGGAUGGGCGUCACGGGGAUGUCGUUGCAUCCGCCCACAUGCACUAGCAAAGGUGACGCACACUGUAUAACAACACCACCGGGAGGGGUCACAGGGGAUGACGGGAAUGGGGGAAAUGCAGGAGGGUCUCCACGUUCUCGCAAUAUUGAGGACAUGACGACAGACGAUGAGGAUGGGGUAGAAGGCGGAAAGGGCGUGAGCGAUCCCAAGCGUGCAGAAAAUGAGGGGUGAGACAGGGAAUGAACUUGAGGGGAAUCC